AUGCUGACUGAAGCGGAAAUCGACGACGCAUUUCAUCAGUUCACUCGGACCGACAUUCCCCUCUGGAAGGACCUACGCGUGGGUGACCCUGAAAAUGUGCCGGUUCCGGGGGAGCAGAAUAUUCUCAUCACCAGUGCUCUGCCGUACGUCAACAACGUUCCACACUUAGGGAACAUCGUUGGCUCGGUCCUCAGCGCCGAUGUCUUCGCCCGUUACUGCCGUCUCAAGGGCUACAAUGUGCUCUACAUCUGCGGCACCGAUGAGUACGGUACCGCCACGGAGAACAAAGCUCUGGAGGAGAAGCUGACGCCGAAGGAAAUCUGUGACAAGUACCACCAAAUUCACGCGGACAUCUACACGUGGUUUAACAUUUCAUUUGAUAAGUUUGGCCGAACGACGACAGACGUCCAGACGGAGAUUGCACAAGAUAUCUUUUGGAAGAUAUACAAUAACGGAUACGUCACUGAGCAAGAGAUUGAACAGUUGUUCUGCUUGCAGUGUGAAAAGUUUCUCGCCGAUCGCUUCGUGGAGGGUGUUUGUCCGUACUGCGCCUAUGAGGACGCACGUGGCGACCAGUGCGAUAAGUGCGGCAAGCUGAUCAACGCUGUCGAGUUGAAGAGUCCUCGGUGCAAAACCUGUCGCAAUACGCCCGAGGUAAAGAUCUCAAAGCACCUCUUUAUUGAUCUGCCGAAGAUUCAACCGCAGCUAGAAAAGUGGAUUUUCGGCGCACUGGAGAAGGAGGGCAACAACUGGUCACAGACGGCUAAGGUGAUUACCCACUCGUGGAUUAAGGGCGGCCUGCAGCCGCGCUGCAUCACUCGUGACCUGAAGUGGGGCACCCCGGUGCCGCUUAAGGGAUACGAGAACAAGGUCUUCUACGUCUGGUUCGAUGCGCCCAUCGGCUACCUCUCCAUCACCGCCGGCUUCACGCCGCACUGGGAGAAGUGGUGGAAAAACCCUGACCACGUGGAGCUGUACAACUUUCUCGGAAAGGAUAAUGUGGCCUUUCACGCAGUCAUCUUCCCCAGCACUGAGCUGAGCACCGGUGAGAACUGGACCAUGGUCUCGCACAUACCCGCCGUCGAGUACCUCAACUACGAGGACACCAAAUUUUCGAAAAGCAGAGGUGUGGGCGUCUUUGGCGAUCACGCCAAGGAGACGGGCAUUCCAUCGGACAUUUGGCGCUUCUACCUGCUCUACAUGCGCCCAGAGAACCAGGACACCACCUUCAGCUGGAGUGACUUGAUGUACAAGAACAACUCGGAGCUGCUGAACAGCCUGGGCAACUUUGUCAACCGCUCGCUGGCCUUUCUCUCCAACAGCUUUGGCGGUGUCGUGCCCGAGCUUCAGCUGAAUGAGACGGACAAAAACCUGCUGGUGCAGCUCAAUCGAGAGCUCGCUUCGUACUUUGAGUACAUGGACAAAGUCCAGCUGAAGGACGGACUGAAGCCAAUUCUCUGGGGCAUCAGUCGACUUGGAAACCAGUAUAUGCAAAACGAGAAGCCGUGGGUGCUCGUGAAGAACGAGGACACAAAACCCCGAGCAGCGACUGUCAUUGGUCUAGCGGCCAACAUAUCAGCCAUGCUGUCCAUCCUCUUGCAGCCGUACAUGCCUGAUACUUGCGUGCAGUUGCAAGAGCAAAUGAACAUCAAGUGUAAUCAGGUACCCAGUAAUCGAAAGUUUAUCUGCAUCCUCAAGACUGGCCACCAGAUUGGAAAGCCCCAGCCAUUGUUUAAGAAACUUGAUCCCAAGGAAGUGGAAGGCUUCCGUACAAAGUUUAGCGGCAGUAGCACUGAUGCGACUGUCAAAGCGGCAGCUGAUGAGGCAAAGUUGACUGAACUCGUGGAAAGUCUAGCGCUUAAGAAUGAAUUGGAAAUUGCGCAACUGGUCACCGCUCAGGGUGAUAAGGUGCGCCAGUUGAAGGCGGCAAAGGCGGACAAAGCGGUUAUUGCUCAAGAGGUGAAAAUUCUACUGGAGCUUAAAAAGUCGCAAACAGCGAAGGCUGCCGGUGCAAAGUAG